CCGGUGUGUUUUCCUUUGUAGGCUGUAUACUCCCACACGCGCUUGCUUUGUAUUGAUCCUCUUCACAGUCGACGUAUUGCUGUUUCGGGCUGGUCCCUCCAAUCAGCUGUCCUGCUCACGUUGUCGUACGAUCUUCUCGAGUGUUCUGCUCCCGGUGGCUUGUUUUCAUCAUUCCCUUCGCUCAGCCUCAGUCCACAGCAGCUCGACGUCUCCGUCGAUGGGCGAGUAGGAAGGGUGCGCGUGUUGAGAGGAUGGACUGCGCACUUGCCUCGCGGGCUUUCGUAUCGACGCACUUGAAAACAUCCUCUUCCUAACGAUGCUGCGUGUUGCGAAGACGAGGAGCGGUUCCGCCGGAGCACCGCCGUGCCGCGCAUCGCGGGGGUUUUGCAUUUUUACGCAGCUGUCCAGCCUCUCCGUCCUCUAAGCAAACGUCGUCACAUGCGGCUCAGAAGCACUUUGAAGCUUCAGAUAAGAUGUGUUUGGGUAAAAACCGCAGCCGACAGGAUUUGGACCAGCACUGGAGGCCAGCAUGCGCGGAUCGGAGGACGUUUUCAUAACGCUUGCGAAUCAUAUUUAGUAGAUUUUGGCACCUAACACGCUAUAAAGGACUCGGCCAUGGGUGAUGAGAGCAGCCUGUCCCGGCAGAUAGGGAGCGUGGAGAGGAGCGUGGUGUUCCUCCGCCAGGAGCACCUCACUUUACUCCACGGCCUCCACCUGGAGAUCCUCUCCCUGCAGAAACGAUGCACAGAGUUGACAAGUGAUCUAAAGGUGAAGCCUCCAGGCAGAAGCCAAAUAGAGUUACAGGAGGAAGAGGAGCUCCUGGAGGACCGCUGUUGGGACACGGAGAGCCGUCUGGCCGAGCAGGAGUGCUCUGUAGGAGAGUUUCAUAAGGAGCUGACUCACAAAGGGGCUUUGGUUGGAGCCCUCAGAGCCAAUCUCAAGGAAAAGGAGCGCCAUUUCCUGGAGGAGCUCAAACGCCGCAGCCACUGUUCCACCAUCCUUAACACGGAGCUGCAGAAACAAACAGAGGCAGCAGCAUACCUCUCCUUCCAGCUGCAUGCUGCCAGGCAGAAACUGCACCACCAGCGGAUGCAGCAGAGGCAGGGACUCCUUGCCCGGGCCAACAUUCAGGGGGCCCAGUAUGGUGCCGAGCAGAACUCCGUUUCUCCACAGAUGCCAUCAGGGGCCUCCCCUUCCUCCCCCGUGGUUAAACCCAAGCGCAAGAGUGCCAGGGCGUCUUCGAGAGUGGAGCGCGCCCGUGAGUGUGUGCCCAUAGAGAAAGUGAUGGGCCCUGCAGAGCCCACAGCGAUGCCAGACCCUGCACUCUUCCUCCACCCUCGAAGGCACAGGGCCCGCUCCAGGCACACUGUGGCACAAAGACAGGCUCCACUGGGCCUGGAGAAGGAGGAUGAGGAGGAAGGAGGUGGAGAGGGGCUAGUGGAGCCCCAGGGUGAACGGGCCAGACUGUUGUCUUCAGCAGCAGUGCCCCCUGCUGCUGAGACGAAGGCAGAUUAGCGACUACUGUGACCUGCACUUUUAACUGCAGUUUGAUCACCGUAUCAUUCUCUUCUGUCAGACUGUUAAUGCUGUUAACUGUUGUUCUGCACCUUUACUGAAUUGAUACUGAGACUGGUUUUAGCUUAUUGAAUUAUAUUACACUUAUUGCUGACACUUUUUUCAUAUGGACUUAACCUUUAAAUAACUUGCAAAGCUCAGUGAGUGUCACUUUAAGUGAGUUUUAAAUGAAGUUAGAUGAAUUAUCUGUUUACACUGGUGUCACAUGCUCAAUAUGCUGUGGGACCUUUUUUCAAAGCAACUCCUUUUUGAUCUAUAAAGAGUAGCCUUCUGACUCUGGACCUGCUCUAUAUGAAAAGUGGCCUAAGAGUACUUCUGUUAUCAUGUGGCGCUGUAAAAAUGAAAUUGUAAUCGGAAAUUAAAAUAUGGGGUUGGUGAAUGGUAGCAGCCAUUUUAGAUGGACUACAAGCCGAUGUGUUGUGUAGCCCAACCAACUGUGAGCUUUCAAGACCAAACAUAAAUCAACCAUGUGACCCAACGUUUGGUUGAGUAACAGCUGAAAAUAUCUGAAGUGGCAUGCACGUCUGUUUGAGUCCUCUGUGUUUGUUCCUGUGACUUAUUAAAUUAUGAGUACAAACUACAACCAAUUGGAAAUGAUAACCUCCAACAAAGCAUGGUUUGUCUGAAUUUUAAUCUGUGACCACUGCAUUCCUAUACAGUAAAUACUCGUGUCUAAUUGGCCAGAAGGUGUCCUUUUAACAUAAUUUAUGAGGACACAUAAUUCGUUUCUCUGAACCUUAACCUCAACUAGUUAUCUCUGCAACAAUUGACCAUACGCUAACGUAAAGCCUAACCCCAAUGCCUGAGGGCAAUGCUUCAGGAAACACGAGACCUGCUAACAGUUGGAGAUGUGUGAAACCAUAUCUAUUAACUACACUCUUAUUACAGCAACAAACUAUUUAACAGAAUUUUAUCAAAAUUGCAAUAUGGCCUACUGCAAUUUUCAAAUCGCAGGAAUAUAGGAGCAAUAUUUGUUUAAGGCGAAAUGUUUGUCAAAAUACCAUUUUAGAUUAAAUGUUGUGACGCUGCAGAGAUGUGAUGCCUACACAUCAUAUUCUACAGACUGAACAAAACAUCUUAGUUUGGUAAAGAUCCCCACAAAAAUCAAACCACAAUCAUUUUAAUGUUUUUCAUUGAAAAUGAGAACAAUGGUUUAGAAAUGAUCACUCCCUCUAAUAUUUCAAAUCAUAUUGCAUUUGCAAUGUCAGUUAAAGUAAUUGCAAUUAGAUAUUUUUUCAAAAUAGUACAGCACCAACUCAUGUUUGUCGUUGGAUAUUAUCGAUCAUUUAAUACAUUGUUACAUUUUUGAAGAUCUAAAAAGAUAAUGCACACCAUCAUAGCCUGUAUGUUUAAUAAAAGAUACACAUUGAGGCACGUGUGCUGCGAUUCCUCUGUAGUGGCUGCUUUCUAUAAACAGGUGAUAAUAACUUCUGAGUCAUUGAACCAUGUGUUUCACUUGGGUGUGGUUUGUGUACUAAACACACACACACAGUGUGUCACACGCACACAUGAUUACUACGUCAACUAGUUUGUGUUGGGAUUUCUUUUCACUUCAGGAAAAACUGACAAACAACAUGAUUGAAGGUUUUUUUGUGUUUUCAACUGAAGUCUGAUUGAUUCGGUGUGUUUUGCAUUUUGUUCCUUUCCCACUUUACACAAAUUCACAACGGUGGCUGUGCACUGUGAAUGACAAGAGGGCCGGCUCAGCAGAAAGCUUUGUGUGUGUCCUGUUAUCAAAACGCAUGCCCAUAGUGGCCCCUAGCGUUACAAGGAGCAAGUAGCAACUUGAAAAAAAUAAUAAAAACUGUUUAAAGUAGAUUAUAACGGAGGACAUACUUUCUUAUGUUAUUGCUUUAUUGCUGUACCCGACUGUAAUUACUGCCUUAUAAUAGAGGAGCUGUGGAUGGAAGAAAUGCAGUGUAAGCAAGACAAAGUAUACUAAAGUAUUGUGUGCUUUUGUUUCAGAAUGACUUUUAUAAGACUCUUUAGGAUUUGAUUAUAAAGGUUUACUGUAUGUCAUGUGGCACCUCAGUUAUUUUUGAUUCAAAGUUUUGUCACAGUUGAUUGAUACUUGAGCCAUGACUUAACUGAGCAUCAGUGUCUUUGAAACAAGCCUUCCUGUAAGACUGGACUCAAUUGUGAUUCGUCGCUGUGAGGUUUUUCUCGUCUUCUGCAGCUACUGAUCAGAAGUUUAGCAUUAUAUUUUAACAGUAUAUCCUCAAUAAAGCAAUAUAUCAAUAUAUUUAUAAAUAACAAUAAUAAUAGGUCACAUCAGCUGGUUUGCGGACUCUUGAGGUGUUAAGAUUUUAUGAUUGUUUAACUUUGUAUUUUUUAAUUGUUGAGCUCCGUACGUUUUGCUUAAUAUUUUGCUGAAUUGUCUAAGGGAUUUUUUCUGUUGAUUGUCACUGAAUCUGUACAUGAAUAAUUGUUAUGUUACAUUUUAUAGGACGCAUAUCCAAGUGAGGAAUCAAUGCUUCACAUGAAGCAGCAUUAACCAAACGGGCAUAUUAUUAUGUUGCCACAUGAGACUGUCUGAGUGAAAACGAACUGAACCUGUCUUCUCCCUUGGCAUAAAUGCAAAUGUGACGAAGGUUUUCAUUCACCUCUCAGCUAGUAAGCCAUUAGCAUGUCUGUGCACUAUUCUUCCUCAAGGUUUAUGAGGACAGCUGGGGAUAAAAGUACAAAGCUGUCUGGUUGAAAAAAUAAUUUCCCCAACAGGGACUGUUAGACUUCAUCACUCCACGAGCUAUCCAUUCGACAGGUAGAUUAAACUCUUCACCCACCUCUCUUAAUACAAGUUAAGAUCCCACAUCCCACAUUCUAGAUUAUCUAUACUUUGAUAUUGUGUAACAGCUUCAUCAUAAAUACUGGUUGCUGUUUACAGCUACAGAGACUGUUGACUUGUUUGUCUGCGUUGAGAGAAAAUGCUAAUGAGCCAAAGAGGCCCACCACUAAAAUUAAGAUGAAGAUUACUGGUGUGAUGCCUUAAUGAAGAUGUCUUUUCAUGAAUAUUUCAGCUAAAAGGAGUAAAUCUUCACCGCUUGAUUUGCUUUUUCUACUUUUCAGAUCAUACCACAGUUCAUCUCACAACAUAGCGAGGCAGUAGAUAAUUUACUCACACCCACAGAGAAUGUCUUCCAUCUUUCUAGACGCCUUUAUAAUAACCCUAAUCCUCAUAGUAAUUAUGAAAACAAAUGUCAACAGCUUCAUGUCCAGGUAUUGAGGUCAAAUCUGUUUAUUUUGCAUCUUAGAGAAAUAUGUCAGUGGACAAUGUAUGUAUGUAUGAAGCAUCUUGGUUGACAUGUUAUGUGGUCUCUAGCAAUAACGCGGUGUGGUACCCAACAUGAAGGUGUUGGUCUGGGUUGUUGCAUAGCUGUUGACUGAUUACCGCAUAUACUGUGUUAGCUUCCUAUAGUGAUCUACUGUACUCAUAAUUGGAAUAAAAUGAAGGAUUGUCUAGUCUAGUCUCCUUAUUGUUGCUUGAAAGUUUACCAGAGAAAACCUGAUUUGAAAGAAGCAGAGAAUAAAUGUGCAGAAGAAUAAAUCAAUUA